GGAGGGAUGCGAGGGGAGGAGGCUGGGCAGGUUGGCUGCCUAUUUGAGGGAAAGUAGCAGUUUGUAUUCGCUCAGUGUUUGCCACAGCGGAGCGGAGCCCGCUGCGUGAGGGCCGGCGCGCCCAGGAGCAACCCGCCUGGCUGUGCUGGGAGUCCGAGGCGACCUGCUCCGACUCUCCUUUCGUUUCAUUCUCCUGAGAACUGCCCCGCUUGUGGCAUUUCAGCGCGGGGAUAGGGGAGGGAGGCAGACAGCCUGCUGCUGCUGCCGCCGCCGCUUGCCUCACUGACCGGCUGACUCUCGCUACUCUGGAGUAGCCGAAGGAUACUAGCAGUGCCGGCUGCCGGCCCCAAGAAGCCCCUCACAGUAUCCCAGCCCGAGCAACGCGGGGGGGAGGGAGGAGGGGCGCCUUGCCAGCCCAGCUCCAGCGUCACCGCCGGGAAAGAGAGAGAGUUGUUGGUGCCGCCGCUGAAUUUUUAAUGGAAAAAUGGCGAUCUCGGCUCAGACCUGCGGCGCAUCUUGCCUCGUCCCGGCUCUGUGCAGCCAAAUAAUCCUGUGCCUCGUCCUCGCGACUCCUGACGCGGAUGGCUUCAGCUUCCCUCAGCAGUACACGCAGUGUACAAAUUGACUUCAACCAGGUCUUGGUCUUGAACUUGAUCUUGAUUUCAGCUAGGAAAGAAGCAGAGAUGGCUUUUAUGGCUUACAGGAUGCAGUAUUGGGCCAGAAGGCUGGAGCAAGAGAUUGAUGGAGUGAUGAGAAUAUUUGGUGGUGUUCAGCAGCUCAAAGGGAUCUACAAUGACAAAAAGAACCUGUUUGAAAUAAGAGAGAAUGUCCCAAAGAAGUUAAUUGAAAAAGUGGCAGGGGACAUCGAGAGCCUCUUGGCCAAGAAGGUCCGGGCGUUAAAGAGAGUGGCUGAUGCAGCAGAAAACUUCCAAAAAGACCAUCGCUGGCAAGACAACAUCAAGGAGGAGGAUAUCGAGUAUUAUGAUUCCAAAGCUGACACAAGAUAUGAUGAUCCAGAGGGAGAAGAAAUUGAAAGAGAGAAGUCCAACUCCUUGAAGCUGGAGUUCACAGAGGAUGCGAACUUUAAAACCAAGGUUAACUACUCUUACGCUGCUGUGCAGAUACCGACAGACAUCUACAAAGGCUCCACUGUCAUCCUCAAUGAGCUAAACUGGACAGAAUCCCUGGAAAACGUAUUUAUUGAAAAUCGAAAAGAAGACCCAUCUCUUCUGUGGCAGGUCUUUGGCAGUGCCACGGGUGUGACUCGCUUCUAUCCAGCCACCCCCUGGGGGGCACCCGAUAAGAUUGAUCUGUACGAUGUCCGGCGAAGACCUUGGUACAUUCAAGGGGCCUCAUCUCCGAAGGACAUGGUGAUCAUCGUGGACGUGAGCGGCAGCGUUAGUGGCCUGACACUGAAGCUGAUGAAGACGUCAGUCUAUGAUAUGCUGGACACGCUCUCAGAUGAUGACUAUGUCAAUGUGGCAUCAUUUAACCAAAAGGCACAACCCGUAUCCUGCUUCAACCAUUUAGUCCAGGCCAAUAUCCGCAACAAGAAGGUCUUCAAAGAGGAUGUGGAAGGCAUGACGGCCCAAGGAACCACUGACUACAAGGCUGGCUUUGAGUAUGCCUUUGAACAGCUGCAGAAUUCCAACGUCACGCGAGCCAAUUGCAAUAAGAUGAUCAUGAUGUUCACUGACGGAGGAGAAGAUCGAGUGCAGGAUGUGUUCGAGAAGUAUAACUGGCCCAACAAGACAGUACGAGUGUUCACCUUUUCUGUUGGACAACAUAAUUAUGAUGUCACUCCCCUGCAAUGGAUGGCUUGUGCGAAUAAAGGUUAUUACUUUGAAAUUCCCUCCAUCGGGGCCAUCCGAAUCAACACACAGGAAUACCUGGAUGUUCUAGGAAGACCCAUGGUCCUAGCAGGCAACAAGGCAAAACAGGUUCAGUGGACCAAUGUUUAUCAGGAUGCUUUGGGUCUUGGAUUGGUAGUGACAGGCACUCUACCAGUGUUCAACCUCACUGAGGAUCACAGCCUUGAAAAGAAGAACCAGCUCAUCCUAGGCGUUGUGGGAGUUGAUGUGGCUCUGGAUGAUAUCAAGAAGCUGACGCCACGAUACAAUUUAGGGGCUAAUGGCUAUAUGUUCGCUAUUGAUCUGAAUGGAUAUGUACUGCUACACCCAAAUCUGCGACCCCAGAUCAUCAAUUUCCAGGAACCUGUGACCCUGGACUUCCUUGAUGCUGAACUGGAGGAUGAGAACAAAGAGGAGAUCCGUAGAAGCAUGAUAGAUGGGAAUGAGGGGCAGAGAUACAUCAAGACUCUGAUAAAGUCCCAGGAUGAGAGAUACAUAGAUGAAGUGCACAGGACCUAUACCUGGGCCCCUAUCAAAAGCACAAAUUACAGCCUAGGUUUGGUCUUGCCACCCUACAGCACCUACUACAUCCAAGCUAACCUCAGUGACCAGAUUCUCCAGGUGAAGUUACCAAGCAAAAUGAAGGAUUUUGAAUACCUGCUGCCAAACAGCUUUGAGUCCGAGGGACAUGUAUUCAUUGCUCCAAGAGAAUAUUGCAAAGAUCUCAACCAGUCGGAUAACAACACUGAAUUCCUGGAAAAUUUUAUCGCCCUCAUGGAAAAGGUGACGCCUGACUCCAAGCAAUGUGAUAAUUUCCUCCUCCACAAUCUCAUCCUGGACACAGGAAUCACCCAACAACUGGUGGAGAGAGUAUGGAAAGACCAAGACCUAAGCACGUACAGUCUCCUAGCUGUGUUUGUUGCCACUGAUGGUGGCAUCACCCGUGUUUUCCCUAACAAAGCUGCUGAAGAUUGGGAAGAAGAUCCAGAACCUUUCAAUGCCAGCUUCUACCGAAGGAGCCUAGAUAAUAAAGGCUACAUCUUUAAACCACCCUACCAGGAUCUCAGCUACAGAGACCAAGACCUGGAAAACAACACAAUUGGGAUUCUUGUUAGCACAGCUGUUGAGCUCAGCUUUGGCAGAAAGCCCUUGAACCCAGCAGUGGUUGGAGUGAAACUUGAUGUGGAGGCCUGGACAACAAAAUUUAAAGUCCUUGCAAGUAAUCGAACAGAAAGGGACCAGCUAGGAACACGAAGAUGUGACCCCUCUACAAGCUGUGAGAUGGACUGUGAGGCUAAUUACAAGGACCUCCUUUGUGUGCUCAUUGAUGAUGGGGGUUUUCUGGUGCUCUCCAACCAGGAAGAUUAUUUGAGCCAGGUAGGAAAGUUCUUCAGUGAGGUGGAUGCUCACUUGAUGUCUGCACUCUACAACAAUUCAUUCUUCACAAGGAAGGAAUCGUAUGACUUCCAAUCUGUUUGUGCUCCAGAAGCUCCAAGCAACACAGGAGGCGCCCCACGAGGGGUGUAUGUGCCAACCAUGGCCGAUUUCCUGAACCUGGCCUGGUGGACAUCAGCAGCUGCCUGGUCUCUGUUUCAGCAGUUCUUAUAUGGUCUAACCUACAACAGCUGGUUUCAAACAGAGGAUGUCACAGCAGACAGCAUGGAGUCCAAGGAGACCAGCUGCAUCAUGAAGCAGACCCAGUACUACUUCAGUACAGUUAAUUACACUUACAACACCAUCAUCGACUGUGGAAAUUGCUCCAGGCUAUUCCAUGCACAAAGGCUUGCCAGCACCAACCUUCUGUUUGUUGUAGCUGAAAAGCCAAUAUGCAGUCAGUGUGAAUCCACCAAGCUUCUCCAAGCAGAAAUAAAGGCUCCACCAGGAGAUCCCAAUCAAUGUGAGCUAGUAGAGAAGCCACGGUAUCGAAAAGGUCCCCACGUCUGUUUUGACUACAAUGCAACAGAAAAUACCUCAGACUGUGGCAGAGGGGCCUCCUUUCGACCUUCCUUGAGUACCUUGUUAUCUCUGCAACUGCUUCUCCUCUAUUUGACUGCCAGUUGGCAUCCACUGCCCUUGGCACCUUGCCUUUGAAACAUCCAUUUAGCCUAGCCCAUCCAUAUUUGUUUUAUGCACCAUCUCCAUCCCCUCCAGACUUGCCAGGGAAGAGCAGCAGCUGCCUAGUUCCAUCAGCUCUGGUUACACCUUGGCCCUCACUCAUGAGGAUCUUCUCUUUCUUCACUCAGAAGUCUGGAAGCUAUUCUCAUUGUUUGUUUUACCCCAAUCCUCUUCUUAUCCUCCCAGUGUCUCUGCACAGCAGGUUGUGCAAACAUAGAGCUCUGAGCAAGACUUGGGGAAGCAUUAUUCUUCGUGAUCUUCUCCACAAUGAACAUCCUUGAGCUUUGAUUCAUUGCUCUCCUUUCCACUCAUUGAGCUGUUGGCCAAAUACAAAGAACAGUGGCCUCAUAAUUCUUUUUCCCAUUGAAUCUGUGGAAUUCUGGGAGACUUUUGUCAGUUUUCAUCAGGAGAUGUCCCAUCAUUUUAUUGUCUUAAAAGUAUUUAAUCAACAAUGCUGACAAAUUACUAUUGUGUUUGAAACAAUUUACCUUCCCAUUCCCAAUCAUGCAAAACAGCAACAACAAAAAUCAAUAGAGCAGAAAAAAAUGGUAUAUUCUUGCCAAAUUGAUUCUGUAGUCUAGUUAACCAAUCAGCCAAUUCCAGUGGCUUGUUGAACUCAAAGUAAUCCUAGGAUGUCACACGGCAUCUCCAUUCCACCCAAUCCGCUCUGUGCUUUCCAAGGCCAUCGUUCCUGAAUCUUUCAUUAAUUAGAUCCCAUCUCAGAUUUUUAAAUUAUUAUUUUAGCCUGAAGAUUUUAAACUAGAUCUUUCUACAUCUAAUUUCCAAGCAUUUUAGCCUGACAAAUUAUAGUAAUUAUUGUCAGCAACAAAGACACAAAGGAGGAAAAAAAAUGAUUGGACUUGAAUUUUAUGGUCAGUAUUAUUUAUUUUAACCAAUAACUCCAUACUAAGAGGAUCUGGAGAGUGAUCAGGGGAGAAGGAAAUGCGUGAAGAUCUUUAUGUGCACCCUUCUAGUAACCCAUGCAUGGCUGUAGGGGACAGUGACCCUCACCGUCAGCAAAAUGAAUAGCACAGUACAGUAAUGGACAACAGAUACAUCCCAACUAAACAAUCCCUGUCUCCAGUCAUUUCCUGGCCUCUCCUGUUCUUUAUUGGGCCCAGAAAUGUUUGGGUUAAUCAAGAAAACACUAUUAUCUCUUCUGCUCCCCAAAUUACUGUGAACACUUUGGGGUUUCAGCUUUACCCUUCCUUUGAGAUGGGCAAAGGGUAGAGUUUGAGCAAGGCAAAGGUGAGCUCCUUCCUACUUCACACUGUCCCUUUUUCGCUAAAGAAUAUUAUCCACCAUUACGGCAAGAGCCGCCUGUGUCAAACCCACCCACAAAGGCAAUAUCCAAAGGUUUUCUUUCUGAACUUUGUGCAGAAAAGGAACUGCACCUUUAGAGUGCCCAACAUUUAUCCAGUACUGGGACUAUGGUGGUACAACCAGGCCUCAAAAAGCAGGUGUUUUGCAGAGUAUUGAUUAUCUACGUCUGUGUACCUGAGCAGGAAAGUGGGAAAGUGUGCUGCAUCACCGUGAAAGUUUUGACACCAGGCACUCAGCUCAAAACCACAGAAUCUGUCAGACUGAUUCUGCAGGCACAUAUUCCCUGGCUGGGUUAGAGCUAAAAGCCAGCAGCCACACCAUCUAUUGCAGAUUGUAAAACAGGCUUAAAACCAGAAUUAUCACCCACUCCUCAGAAGCUAUCUGUUGUGUAGAACUCGAAAAUUACCAGCCUGUAACUUAUGCCCACAAACAUACCUGGCCAUUUAACACAAACCGAAAGGCUUGCAGUUCCAGGCAUCUCCAGAAUUUCCUUCUCUUCCGCCAAAUGUCUCCCAGUGCAUAGGAAUAACACUCCCUUGUUUCUGCUUUAUGCGGCAUGAGAACCAUAAUCUGAGACUCACUUUUGGGCAAUGUGAAGAGCUGCAGCAGUAUACAGUAUGGUAUAAUGCAACAUCAGUUGCGGGAAGCAGUCAAUUGCUGUAUCAGUAACUGUGAUACCCUCUCCUUGCAGUACCAUGUGGUUUGAUGCAGUUUACAAGAGCAUGAGGAAAUAUUAUGCACAACAAUGUGCCUCAUUUCAACUUCACAUGCCAUAAAUCCUCAACCAAGAGCCUUUCUUCAGUUAUCUGAUCCAAAUUUUGACAUACUACCUGAGCAAUUAAAGCGUUACAAAUCAUGAGCAAUUAGUGCUACAAACUUCAUUUGCUUUGUUAAAAGGAAAUCUGGAAUGCAAAAACUGAUGGCAUAUUUACUUGAUUUUGUAUGUUUCCUGGGAGUUUUAUUAACAGCUUCAUGGUGUGUCUGAAAGAGAACUUUCUGUGGUGCUGUUUUGGUCUUUUAAUUCUUAACUGGAAGAGUGGGGAAAAUCCUCCCCAAUCCACCAAGAAGAUGGUAAACCAAAAUCCUACGGAGACAUCACAACUCACAUGUGAUGCAGACCAUGCCACCUGGGUGCCCUCACAGCCAAAGCAGAUGACAGAGGACCCAGACAAAUGUGGGGUAUCUUGGGAUACUCUGAUGGGCUGAAACAGUCCCUAAGCAUGCAGACAAGAUACAUUAGAGAAAGCUAAUCACUGAAGUUAUCUGAAGGAGUUUUUCUGUGCUCCUGCUCUACUAUGAUCUGAAAGGGCAGGGUGAGGGUGAAAUCAGGUCAGACUGCUAUAAUAAAUAGGGAAAUAUGAUGUAUUUUGUAGGAAAAGUCCACUUGAAAGAUCUGGAAGUAGACCUUUGACACCUGUGCUGUGGUGUACGUUUACUUUCUCUCCAGGGAUCCUUGUUCUUGAGAGCAAAUAUUAGAUUUCUUGAUUUCUUACAAUCAGUGCCACUUCAAUUCCUCCAUUGAAUACCCUAGAUUUCACAUCAACUGCAAAGGGUCUAGAAAGUCCACUUCUUCCAAAUCUCUCAUUUUUUCCCCCCAGGUGACUCAUAAACAUUGAAAUUCCACUGGUGCCAAGAGUAAUAGUUUUGCUUCAAAGGCCUUGGAUAGAAGUAAACUGAAUCCUAGAGAAGUAAACUGGGAAAUUAUGAAUAGCUCUACCGCUACCUGAUAGACAGUAGAGAGAAUACCAUUAUACCUUGGGUAUACUCCCAGUAAUAAUCCAUUGUACUGGCUGUGGAUACAUGCCCAGUGUCUUGCUGGUCUCUUCUGAGCAGAGACUACCAAAUUGUGCCAAAUUGUGUGAUUGUUUUGUGAUGUGGGCAACUGUUUGUAGUGUGCUUGGCUGAAAUUCCCCACAUUCAUUCCAAUUUAGUCUGACUGAAACCAUAGUCUCCUAGGCCACUUUGUCUGUGACUAUAUUUGGCUAGUGCUCUGGAGCCAGCCUAUGUGCAUAGGGUGUACUUCAUUAGGAACAGAUAUUCAGGGGUGAAGAAAGCUGGAGCACAGAGUCUAUGCACUUAUCAGAAGAUGGUAGAGGAUUUGCAGUGCUUUUUACCUGGGUGAAGAGAGCUGUUUUUAUUAAGGGCCCUGCCUUUUUUCUGAAUACUUCCCUACACUGGCAGCAUGGAGAGUCCCUUCUUGGUCAGCUGCUAUUGCCUACUUAUUAAAAACCUGGUUUAAAGCCUACUAAGAUCAAACUGAAGACCUUUAUUUAGUGUUUGAGCUUUGGCUGACACUCUUAGAGAUGUUGCUUUCAAACGUCCAAACCUAACAAAGCCACAUCACAAAUUAAGGAUGAGGCAUACUCCUUUUUAUUCAUAUAUAUAUAUAUAAGAUGUACUUUAAACAAAGGAAUUGCCCGUUCUCCCCACCCACCACCAUACAAUGAGCCGCUUCCACUCACCUUUGCUGUGAGGAGCACUGAUUCAUCCUCCCAAGCUUGCCCCACUCCCGUUUUGGUGGGCCAGCCACCAUUUUUUAAAAAUCACAUGUACAUUUAUCUUUUUUUAAAAAAUUGGUUUCUUACACGUUGAAAAAUUGCUCUGGGGAGGAAGGGUGAGGUAAGUUAGCCAAUUUGGUUACAGCCCAUCAAUGCUGUGUAAAGCUGGCUUAUGCUUCAAUCUCAUGAAACUGGUUUCCCUGUGCUCAAUCCAGGAAAGAAUAUAGCACAUCUGAACAAAAUGCUAUGCUUCUACAGAAGGCUAAGCACUCAAACUAUGUACAUCUCAUGCACCCUAAGAAAAUAAUAUUUUAUUUUCCACAUAAAGGGUUACAAAGCUCUGGAAAGACUGUGGGAACUGCUGAUGGAUGUCAUUCAAGAUCCAUUCUAGCUGUGAUGGAUCAGCACUUGGUCAACAUUGCCCAAUUUGUAUCAUGUAGUCUCCCAGUGACUUGCAGUGGUUCUAAAGCUUCUACCUAUAGUUUUUUUUACUUCUGCUUUACCUUGUAGCUUAGAGAUUUCAAUGAAUCCUUACUAAGGACUGUGGUAUUUGUUCAUAUGCAGGUGUAGUGCAUUAAAUCACCAUGCCACCUUGCAGAGAUUAGGAAAAUGAAUUAUUGGGUAAAAGCCUCACCCUAUUUCUGUAGUUCCACAUAGCAAAUCUAUUCCAACAGCAUCUCUAUGCCUUCCUGGCAUCUGGCUUUCGUCUCCCUUUCAGAGGGGAGUGAAGACAGCUGAACAGAGAGCACUGGAUAAAAUUGAAGAUUUCUACACAGCCCCACACCAGGAAGAGCACAGAUUGAAAACACAGCACAUUUCCAACUUUCAGCGCUUAUCCUAAUCACAUUUGGAGAUCAGCCUCUUGGCUGACCAUGCAGGGAGCCAGUUACUGCCAGAUGUGGUGGAGAUGCUGCUCUGCUCCAGCUCCCUUUAUGUGGAAUUUGUGGAGAUCAUGUUUAGACACCUAGUCAGAGUUAAGGCAAAAGGGAGGUGGGGCAGAAGGGCUCCCUUUCUUAUUACUCACCCCUCAAUUCAGCACUAGCUCCUCACAUUUUUCACAAUGGUUACAAGCAUGAAACCAAGGCCGCCUUUUGCUGGGUUUCAGAGCCAAAGCAGGCAAGUAUUUGGAUGAUGAAUUAUUUCUAUGGUGAAAAAGGCUGAGAAAAUUUGGCCUGUUUUCAAUGCAAGUGGGUUAUUCUUUUUUCUUUUCUUUUUUUUAAAUGAGUAAAAAUGAAGAUUGGUAAUUGUGGGUGAGCUGAUGGCAUCACAUUAUAUGCAAGUCUGAAGAUGGAAAGCAUUCUCUGCCACACUAGUAAUGUUUGCCUUUUAAGAAUGAGAGAUCUUCAGGUGAAUUUGUAAAUAAGUGUACAUGGCUGAUCCAACCAACAUCCAGCUCUUUCCAAAUAGCUGUUCAGAGAUGUGCAUGAGGGCUGGAAAUCCCACUCCCAGCACAGCUUCUGUUAUCUGUAGGAGAUCACAGAGUCAGUGGUCAUGGCUGUGUCAUCUGUAUGUCAGUAAGCCUUCCUCCUGUCUCCAUUUCAGCUUUGUCCACUGAAGAAUGAUGGGGAUGGUAUCAAAGAGAGGAGAGCUAAAAGCAUGAUUGUGAUGCUUGCCUUUUAUUUGCAAGCUAGGAAAAACUGGUAGCCUCAUAGAUCAUUGCAAACUAACUUGAAAUGGUAAAGGAAUGAAAAUAUUUGCUCAAACUCCUAAGAUGGAGAAACAAUUUAUGGAAAUGAAGUGACAAGAGAACAGAGCAGGAGAGAAGAAAAUAAUUCCAAUUAGAAGUGAGAAAUAUUUGAAAUAGGUUAAAUGAAGUCUUAUAAAUAGUAAGCGGGCAUCAUAGUCAUGAGCUGGGCAUCUAUCUGGUUUCCUGAAUUCUGGAGAGAGGGGGAAAGAGCUUGGGAGAGGAUGAAGCUGCACAAGACAGGAAGCUCUAGGGAGUAGUGUGCUUGGCCAGUGCAAGGGAGUUGGUAGAGGGAUGAAGCCAAUAACGUCUUGGAACUACUAGACCUCUUAAACUACCAGAACCCUUAAAGGUUGGGUGGAGGCUCGGUCAGCCUUUCCUACGUGACAUGUGCUGCCAACAUAUGGUUAGUGGGAAUGAGAAGUAGCGAUGACUGACACCAUCUAACAUGCUUAGUCCAUUUUAAAAUCACCCAAAAUCUGAGUAAAACAAUUUGUGGUGGGGUAGAGUGGGCAGGAAAAGGGGGUCCGUGAUUUUAAUAUGGUCUUGGAAGCUUGACUCCAGAGUCAAGGAAGGAGAGGGGGUUCAUUAAUAAUGACAAAGUUAAUUAAAAGGUCAUUUUGCUUGUAGCUUUUUCAGUGUGUGUUUGGUUAUGUCUAUGGGAACCGUGCUUUGACCAGAUGGCUGGCUCUGUGUUACUGGGAGUGUAUGUAAAUCUGUAGUCUAGUCGGGUGCUGCUCAUUUGAGAAAAAUGAAAAAAAAAUGGAAAUAUACAUAACUAUAAAUAUAUAUAUAUAUUAUAUUUUAAGUUACAAAAAAUGAAAAAAGCAAAGCAUCAAGUAGUUGUUAUGACAGCUGCCUGGGAUCAAAUUCCUAUUAUUCUUUAUCUGAAGUUUUCCCCCCAAAAAGGUUUUUUUUUUUUUUAAUCUUUUUUUUUUUGUACAGAAGAGUUGGAAAAUUUAAAAAAACAAAACCUAAAAUAUUUGUAAAAUAUUGUGUGUGUGAUUCCUUGUAAAAUAUUUUCAAAUUGUUUAUUACAGAGGAUCAGUUAUUAAAUAAUGUUCAUAUUUUCACUUCAAA